AUGAGUAGUUUCGAUAGCCAGCCACCGCGGAAUCUCAACGACAUACAGCUGUAUCCGGCAAUGCUCGAGUAUCCAUCCGAAACUAGAGGCAUCACGGAGAUGACGUUUACAUUAGCCCGAUGCCAAAUCACGAGCAUGUACCGUUGCAUGGCGGACUCGAGAAGGCACUGUGAAAACAUGAGCAAGAGCUAUGCCGAAAUGUCACAGCAAGAGCGCAACGAUUGGAUCGACUUUUGUGAGCAAGAGUUUUCUCAAAAGUUCCUUCAAAAUUACUCGGCGACAAACGCUCUGCAUUGGGUUACCAUGGUCCUGACGAGAAUGCUAUUUCACAAAGUUAGGCUGCAUGGCAUCAACCCACAUGUGGACUCGAAAGAUAUAACAGAGCCAACCCGCAAGCGAUUAUUCGCCGUCGCUGUCGAAGUCAUAGAACUCAACUGCAAACUUCGGACUGAUCCCCGAACGCGUCCUUGGCUUUGGCUUUUCAGCUCCUACACUCAGUGGCAUGCAUUCUCUCUGGUCCUUCACUGGCUUCGAACGGACCCUCUUUGCAAGGGAUCCCGGCGAGCAUGGCAGGCAAUUGAAAAAGCCACCGUGUUGAGGUGGGAACAUCCUCCCUCAUUGUUGAGCGGUCAAAAGCCGCAACAAUGGCGGUCUGUUCUCAGACAGCUGGGAAAGGCAAGAUCUGCUCGACAAGAGGCUUUGGAUAGAAGAGGAAGAAGGGGUUCACGUACGGCUUCAGAAAAGACUGGGCAACCCUCGGCAUUUUCACUAGCAUCGACAACAUCUCAUGCUCCAUCCUCUUCAGGCAGUUCGCUUCCGAAGCCUUCCCAUUCCUAUGAUUCCUUGCUCUCAAGCAGCUCCCGGCAUCAACACCAAGUUCAGACCCCGGAGGUGGUCCGAACAAAUGCUCCGGGUCCUUUAACACCUCCCAUCACCACUACGGACGUCUCCCUGCAACGGGAUCUGAGAACGCCAGAACAAGGAAAUUCACAGAACACACACAGCGUCAACGGCUAUCAGUUUGACGAGAUUGGUGGUGUGUUGCCGCACCCGGACCUGAUGAUGAUCGAUGAAACGACGUUCUCGGCCGAAGAAUUUCAGGAUCUUCAGGGCUUUUCUUUUCUUGAAAACUGUUCUCUAGAAUAA